GCUCAGCGCUAACGCACUCACUCAUUUACACACACAAUGUCUACCAUGUCUUACGAUAUCGCGUAUCCGCUCACGGACGACGGCCCGCAGCCAGUCUCGCGUACUUAUCAAUAUCGCAAAGUGAUGAAGCCGAUGCUUGAGCGCAAAAGGCGCGCUCGCAUCAACCGCUGCCUGGACGAGCUAAAGGAGCUGAUGGUCAGCGCACUUCAGUCCGAAGGAGAGAACGUCGCAAAAUUGGAGAAAGCUGAUAUUUUGGAAUUGACCGUUCGCCAUCUUCACAAACUUCGCCGCCAGCGUCGGCUGUCGCUGAACCCUACAGUUGACGCCGACCGCUUCAGAGCUGGAUUUACUCAUGCCGCCAACGAAGUUUCCCGCUGCUUGGCUUCCAUUCCCGGAGUGGAUGUGAGGCUGGGCACUCAGCUGAUGACCCACCUCGGACACCGCUUGAACGACAUUCAGCGUGCAGCAGCCGGCAGUGACACCCCUCCUGCCAGCCCGCCAAGCCCAGCGCUCUCCACCGUGUCUUCCUCGUCUGGUUAUGUGACUCCCUCGCCACCGGCCUCGCCGGUCCCAGUGCACACCGCCGUUCCCCUGGACUGCACCACCAACAGCUACACUAAGACCUCAGUGUGGAGGCCGUGGUAAAUCGCGGUGCUUGGAGCGGGCGGACCCGGCUCCACGGUCACAUCUGUUCCAGCACCGCUCGGAGUCGCUCGCCCCCCAAAGUGUCCGCCCUCGUCCUUAAGUUUAGUGUACCUACGUGUUAUCAAAAAAACUUUAGAUCUCACAACUAAUUAGUGUAGGUUUAAAAAACUAGCUCGUAAGUUAAACCGAAAGCUUUAAACAAAAUAGGUCAUAAGUAUAUUUGUGAUAUUAAAGGAUAAUUAUUGUAUGUAGAGAGAUGUAUUGAGCCUUGCCAACUUUAGAGUGGGUUCAUAUUGUUAUUAUAUUAUCGUUAAAAAGAUUUCACGUCACUGUGAACGAUUACGCAAAAGAAUAAUUUAAUAAAAAAAUUUUAUUAUGAAACUUA